AUGCAAAUAAUUUAGCUGCUCUUUUCGAAAAAGGUUUAAAUUAAGUAUAUUUAUUAAGCCGAAUGUUUAAAAAUUAUUUUAAAAUUGUAUUUAGUGUAAGAGAGACUUAUGAAGAAAACAAAGUCUUAUAAUAUUAUACUAAAGUUAUUGAAAUUGAUUCAUAUAAAUUAGACUAUCACAAAGGCUAUGGUAAAAUAUAUUUGUUACUAUUAAUUAGGAGAUUGUUUAUAGAUUUAUGAGUAAAUAUUAUUAAAACUUCUUUGGAAAGAUUAAGGAAGCAAUAAAUAUAUAUGAUAUAUGGAUAAAAAUUUAUGCUAACCAUUCUUAGUUAUAUGCAGGAAAAGGUAUCAUAUAUCUUUUAAAAUAAAAUAAAUUAGGAACAUGUCUAUAAUAUAAUCAAAUUAUAAUGAUAUUGUUGUUAGGUAUGAAUGAUGAAGCAUUAGAUAAUUUAAAUAAAUCAUUAACUUUAAAAUAACAUUCCUCCAUAACUCCAUAGGACUUAAUGGAUUUGGUAGAAAGUAAAAAUAAAAUGUAAAUGUUUUACUAUUUAUAACUUUUGUUAAUCUUUCUUUAUUAUAUGUGUUAAGUAAGAUUACUCGAAGGCAUUAGAAUAUUUUGA